AGGCGCCCCAUGUGCUGGCAUCCGUUAAAUUUAUAGCAGUUAUCAGUUGCCUAGUAGGUUGCAUUGCUGUCUCGGCAGUUUAUGUAAACCAACAUCAGGGACAAGAGACCAAAGCGACUCCAAGUAAAACAAAAUUGAUGGGAAAGCAAAAAACGAAUAGCAUCAAUACCAGCAACAACUGAUUGGCCUCUGUUUACUGACCAAGAAUACGAAGCACAGCUUGGGCUUUUCUGCUUGUUUUGCCAAGCGCCAGCCUGCUCUCUGCCAUGGGUAUGGCCCUGGGCCAGCGGGCUGAUGAUUACGCGGCCCCUCUACUGCAACAGGCCAAUAUUGUGUGCUGGACAUGCCUGUCUGUAGUAAUUGUAGUGCUCCCUAAUGCGCUGGUAAAGAAAAAAUGCGAAGAAAAAAAGAUGGCGUUCAAUGGUGCCAAAAUCUACGCGAGUCGUUGACGCCCGAUGCCGAGCGUGCCGAGUCUGAUAGCCACCAUCGCAUAGAAUCGGACAGUGAGGAGUGUUGUGUUUGUCUGCUUUGAAAAGACGCAAUUGUUGUUUCUUGGUGUGCAUGGUCGACAAAACGCCGCCAAGAAUCCCUUGUCCAUCUAAGAGUACAUGGCAGCUCUCUUCUCCUUAAGCUGCGACUUACAAGGGGCCUGGCCUAGGAAACAGGCGGCCCAACAUCCAGGUGCUUGGGGCCCUGUCUGUGCUCUAAGUAGCGGCAACCCGGGCGGAAGCUCGGCGGGAAAAAUACGAGAGAGGCACGAUUUGUUGGCUGCAUGGAUGAUGCAGCAGGCCAGUUUCACCUUGUUUGAUUGGAUGCUGUGUAUUUGGCCUCCACGGUUCUGUUAGUAGAGUUUGUUGGCACAGAACGGUAGAUGUCCGAAGCAAGACACCUCAGUGGACAGAACGGGCGGUUAUUCAUUCAUCUCAAUAUCCCAUUGGCAUAUUUUUCUCAUCACCCAGCAAAAAAAAACAGCAUCUCUUGCACAAAUAAUUCCUUCUCCUUAUUUUUUCCUCAUCUACCGCUUUGCUUGAUAGACGACGUCAUCCACUCUUGGUCAUCCACUCUUGGGCCUGCGCCUCCCUGCCGCUCCGCUCCUCCAGGCGUGCUAUCGGCACUAGUGCUCGGUCUCACGUCUUUUUCCAUACGCUGCGCGCCCGCAUCUGACAACCAUCGUUCGUUUUUUUUUCCUUUGCCUUACUUUGCCGUGCAUUUGGCUGUGCUAUUUCUCUUCUUGGCCCCAAGGCUGGCAUUGCUCUUGGCUAUUUCUUGUCUUCGUCUUUCAUUUAUUUCGCUAUUUACGUCCAAUCGGUGUAGACCUUAACACCAGUCUACCACAACAAGCCUAUCCGUCACAUCCAUUCUCAACCGCGAUCUCGCUCUUCUCAAACGUCAUCGCCCCGAUUACAGAUUUCUUUUACAUCUCCGCCACAUAUAUUCAAACUCUUCAAUCCCUUCGCCUACUUUCUCUCCUCUACUAGCAACUGCACUCUCCACGACUCUCAACCCCGUAUCGAUCGUUCGCAGAGGUCUCCCUAGUCUACGUCUAAGACACGAUAAACAUUGAACAUCCAAGGCUUCCUCCUCCUCCGCCUUCUCCCACCAUAUACCAGCUAUGAAAUACAGUCUUGUGGCUGCCCUCGGCGCCGCUGCCAUCCUGGUACCCGCCGUAUCGGGGCAAGUUAUUAGCUACAGUGCAGGUACCACAGAUCUCACGUUCCUCACGGGAACAAAGACAGAUGCUCCUGGCAAGGGAACAUCUGUGCCCAGCAGUGCUUACCCCAAUUACACAUCGCAAAUCACGCUCGGUGGAAAUAAGACUGCAUCGACCAUCUCUGGCAGCCUAUUUCCCUCAUCGCCGACGGGUGCCAAUGCCACAGCGACGUCGUCUCAAGCACCGAAGAAUACACAGCCAUGCAACCAGUAUGUCGAAUUCUGCAAACGCAAGUACUCCAAUAUCACCAUGGUUGGCUGCCAUAACUCGCCGUUUGUGAGACCUGGCAACGUCGCCUCCAACCAGGAGCUCCCCGUCAAGCUGCAGCUCAACGAUGGCGUCCGGUUCCUGCAGGGCCAGAUCCAAUGGCCCACCAAUGGCACCGUUCCGCACUUCUGCCACACUUCGUGCGACCUUUUAGAUGCAGGACCAAUAUAUCAAUGGCUUGGCGAAGUGAAGAACUGGGUCGAUGCUCACCCUUAUGAUGUCGUCACCAUUCUUCUCGGCAACGGCAACUACUCAGACCCGUCACUAUAUGUCCCUUUUAUCGAGCAGUCAGGCAUCUUAAAGUACACAUACGAAGCGCCCCUCCUCCCUAUGCGUCUCAACGACUGGCCAACACUCGAGGAGCUCAUCCUGACGGGCAAGCGUGUUAUCAUGUUUAUGGACUACAAUGCGGACCAGAAGAAGUACCCUUGGCUGCUCGACGAGUUUUCGCAGAUGUGGGAGACACCCUUCGACCCCACGGAUCGCAAAUUUCCCUGCACGGUCCAGCGCCCUCCUGACCUGAAGCCUGAGGAUGCCAAGAACCGCAUGUACCUGAUGAACCACAACCUCAACGUGGAGUUCAACGUCUUCAACCUCCAGCUUCUGGCGCCUGCUGUUGCGGUGCUCAACGAGACCAACGCUUUCAACGGCACCGGUAGCGCUGGUCUUGCCGCCAACAACUGCCGCUCCGACUGGGGCCGCGCGCCCAACAUUAUCAACGUCGACUACUACAACUACGGCACGCCCAACGGCUCCGUGUUUGAAGCAGCGGCGAGAGUGAACAAUGUCACGUAUAAAUGGGACUGCUGCGGAAAGCUAUCGGCGGGAACAAUCGCGGGAGUGCCCGUGGCCUGGCUUAGUUUUGCAGCCAUGUUUACCGCCUCGUACUUGUUGCUGUAAAACGCACAGACAAUCUGGGUGGUAGGUAGUACAUGUAUCUUUGGUUUUCCUUGAUUUCUAUUUCUGCAAUGCGUUGCAUAGGCGUUAGGCUGUACCCGGCUUUUCUACUACUUUUUGUUGUUUUAUUAUUUUACAUGCCAUAGAAAUAGACUCCACAGGUGUAUACACUUUUUUUUCAUUCAACCAAACCACCUAUACUACUUUUUAAAUUACGU